CGGCCGACACGGUUCUCACUGCGCCCAUUCCAGGGGAAGAGUUGCCGAAGCCCAGGGACUUUGUCUCACCGACAACAGGGAGAGAAAACGUGAAGAAGGCGACAAUCGCCUCAAGGUCUCCUUGGGAAGAGUGGGUGAAGACGUCGGCUUCUCCCGCAGGGACUCGCGGAGUCGUUGGAGACAUAGGCCACCACCGCUGUGCCUUUCGGGAGAGAGUCAAGGGAGAUGGUGGUCACCGUCACAGCAGCUCUUGGGUGAAAGUGAGGGGAGACCGCGGCUUCCCCAGCAGCGACUUGAGUUCAAGUGACGUCGGCGACCCGCACUCGAGCGACUCUGGUGCUACAGUCAGAGACCACAACCGCCGACUCAGUGGCUCUUGGGAGAGAGGGAGUGUGGAUGGUAGCCACUACCCCAGUAGUUCUUGGGACGGAGUAAGUGAGGACCGCGGCUAUGUGGCCAGCGACUCCUCGGGGGUGAGCGUUAGCGAAAACGCCAGUCGCCGUCUCCGUGGCUUCCGGGAGAGAGAAAGUGAAGACGAAGGUUCCCGAGGUAGGGUUUCUUGGGAGAGAGCAAGCAGGGAGGACUCUGGCUACCGUCCCAGCGACGACGACGAAGACGGCUGCAGCCGCUACAGUGGCUCCUGGGUGAGAGCAAGUGAAGACCGCCGCAGCAGCAGGGGUUCCACUCCUCCCGGGAGUCUGAGGGAUUGCACCAUGCCUGGGGUGGCCAAUUCGGGCCCUUCCUCUUCCUUUAAGGAGACUGCAAACACGUGUGCCAGGAAGAAGGUACAUUUUGGUAGCAUUCAUGAUGCAGUACGAGCUGGAGACGUAAAGCAGCUUUCAGAAAUAGUGGAACGUGGAGCCAACAUUAAUGAAGUUGAUGUUCUCCAUAAAUUUACCCCUUUGCAUUGGGCAGCACAUUCUGGAAGCUUGGAGUGUCUUCAUUGGCUGCUGUGGCAUGGAGCUGAUAUCACACAAGUAACCACAAGAGGCUGGACAGCAGCUCACAUAGCAGCAAUUAGAGGUCAAGAUGCUUGUAUGCAGGCUCUUGUAAUAAAUGGAGCAAAUCUGACAGCUCAAGAUGAUUAUGGAUGCACUCCUUUACAUCUUGCUGCAACUCAUGGACAUUCUUUCACUUUACAAAUCAUGCUCCGAAGUGGAGUGGAUCCUAGUGUGACGGAUAAGAGAGAAUGGAGACCUGUACAUUAUGCAGCUUUCCAUGGGCGGCUUGGCUGUUUGCAACUUCUUGUCAAAUGGGGAUGUGGCAUAGAAACUGUGGACCACAAUGGAAACCUUCCAGUUCACUUAGCAGCCAUGGAAGGCCACCUUCAUUGUUUUAAAUUCCUACUCAGCAGAAUGAAUAGUGGAACACAAGCUUUAAAAGCCUUCAAUGAUAAUGGAGAAAAUGUAUUGGACCUGGCCCAGAGGUUUUUUAAACACAAUAUUUUACAGUUUAUCCAGGGGGCUAAAUAUGAAGGAAAUGAUUUAGGAGAUCAAGAAACAUUAGCAUUUCCAGGUCAUGUGGCUGCCUUUAAGGGUGAUUUGGAAAUGCUUAAGAAAUUAGUAGAAGAAGGAGUAAUCAAUUUUAAUGAACGUGAUGAUACUGGAUCCACUCCUAUGCAUAAAGCUGCUGGACAAGGCCACAUAGAAUGUUUGCAGUGGUUAAUUAAAGUGGGAGCAGACAGUAAUAUUACUAACAAAGCAGGGGAGACACCCAGUGAUGUGGCUAAGAGAUUUGCCCACUUGGCAGCAGUGAAGCUACUAGAGGGGCUGCAGAAAUAUGAUAUAGAUGAUGAGUAUGAUAUUGAUGAAAAUGAUCUCAAGUUUUUUGUAAGGCAUGGUGUUGAGGGAAGCACUGAUGCCAAGGAUGAUUUAAGUCUGAGUGAAUCAGAUAAAACAGAUGCUAGAAUAAGAGCUUAUAACAAAAUUACAGAAUUGAGACACCUUCUGGAAAUUGCUGAGAGCAACUAUAAACAUUUGGGUGGGAUAACAGAAGAGGAUCUAAAGCAGAAGAAAGAACAGCUUGAAUCUGAAAAGACCAUCAAAGAACUGCAGGACCAGCUGGAGUAUGAACGACUCCGUAGAGAGAAAUUAGAAUGCCAACUGGAUGAAUAUCGAGCAGAGGUGGAUCAACUUAGGGAAACAAUGGAGAAGAUUCAGACCCCCAAUUUUAUGGAUAUGGAAGAUGACUCAUGUGAGUCCAGCAAAGAGAAGAGGCGAGUGAAAAAAAAGGUGCCUUCUGCGGGAGUGUUUGUAAGAAGGUACUAACUAGUCUGUGAAAAAACUUUAAAUAAACUUGCUGGAUUUUCUCUUUAAGAAAUCAGUAUAAAUAUAAAUGUAUAGCAACUCUUCUCAGAAUUGUUCUGAUAUGCUACUAUCCCAUUUCUGAAAGUGGAAAUAUUUUAUCAUAGUGAUUUAAAAAAAAUUUUUUUGUAGUUGUACAUAGAAUGCCUUUAUUUUUAAAAAUUUAUUCUAAUUUGCUACAUAUGACAGCAGAAUGCAUUAUAAUUCAUAUUAAACAUAGAGCUCAAUUUUUCAUAUCUCUGGUUGUACACAAAGUAUUUUAUUUGUUUAUUUUUAUGUGGUGCUAAGGAUCAAACCUAGUGCCUCAUGCGUGCUAAGCAAGUGCUCUGCCACUAAGCUAUAGCCCAAGCCCUAUCAUAGGAAUUUUUAAAAUUAUAUUGAUUUACUUGUACACUCCCUCCCAAAAUUAAUUUUUAUAUACCUACUUAAGGAAGUUAAAAGUUAUGAGCAAUUAAAUUUGUAAAAUAUAAAUUGUCCAGUCUAAUAAUUAAAGGAAAUCUAGUUCUAGAUAUUAAAUUUAUUAAAAAUUCUGUUAUGACUCCAUAAUAGGAUUGUAUUUCUUUCACUUUCUAAAGUACUAUUUACAGCUGCUGUUGUGUUUAUUUAUUUGGUAUGGGAACUGAACCCAGGGGUGCUUAACCACUGAGCCACAUCCCCAGCCUCUUUUGUUUUUUAUUUUGAGAUAAGGUCUCACUAAGUUGCUGAGGCUGCUUUGAACUUGUAAUCCUUCUGCCUCAGCCCCCCAAAUUUUGCUGGGAUUACAGGUACGUGCACCAUGCCUGGUGUGCAUAUAGUUUUAACAUUUUUCUGUUUUUCAAAUGAUAUAACUAAUUUUACAAUAGCAACAAAAUAUCUCACUUGGCAAAGUUUUAUGCAAACUGAAAGUUUGCUAUUAUUAAAAAAGCAUAAUAUGUGUUGCUAAGAAUACCCAUUUAAAUAAUCUGCUUCAGAAUUCAACCUUUGUAUGUCUUGCAAGCUUUAGAAGGAGUAUAGUUAAGAAGCAGCCUGGACAGGAUAAGAAAUACAUGGCUUUAUUAUUUUUCUUCUCUUUAACCCCCACUUCAAAUUAAGAUUAGUUGUUCUUUGCUGACUUAAAAAAAAUGUAUGAUAUAUAGUUAGGUUCUGAUUUAGUUUCCAUAUUUUACCUGCCCUUUGUUUCCCUUUUUUCCUUUCAUGAACUAGCAAAGAUUGUGACUAUCUUGGGGGCUCUGUCUAGAUCUGAUCUUUUUCUGAAUAUCUGAUCACUAGCUUUUGGCUUCAUUGGCAGUAGCAUUCUCAACCACAAUAUACCAGCUUGUCCAUUCUUGGUAUCCUUACAUAUACUUUUCAUAGAUGCUAAAGGACAAUUUAAUCUAGUAUCAUGAGGACUAGUUUGCCUUCAGAAGAGUACACUGGAUUGCUAAGACCAGUUCAGGCUGGUUAAUGGUGUUAAAAUAGAUCAGCUUGAGCUGGGAAUGUAGCACAGUGGUAAGGGGCAUGCUUAACAUGUGUGAGGUCUUGGGUUUGGUCCCUAGCACCACAAAAAAUAAAGGAAAAAAGACUUAGCUAUUCUCUUGAUACUCCUUAUAUUCACUAUUGUUAAGUUUCUCUGAGGUUUCCAAUGGACUUUGAAUCUACAAUAAUAUGAAGUAGAUAUAUUUUAUAGACAGAUUAAGUGGUUGUACCUAGGAUCACAUAUUGCAGAGCUGUGGUUCUAACCUUAACAGCGAAAGUUCAGUCCUCAUUCUCAUUUACCACUUCUGGAAUUCCAAAUGCAACAUUUCUCUCAUCUUCUGGGAUUAUACAGAUUUAUUUUCCCCCUCUAAUUAUUGACUCUGGAGUUAAUCCCAAUAAAUUGUUUUAUUUGCUUCUGUU